CCUUGACCUUGUUGACUAGUAGAUGAUUUUAAAACGGUGAUCGGGAAAUUCAGCUGGAAGGAAGGACACGUCAUGCACGUCAUGGUUACAAUGGUAGGUAGACAUGAUAGAUGUAAAAAUGGACAAAAAUGCACCUAACAGAUCAAAAUUUGUAAUUCAUCAGUAAUGGCAAGUUCAUCUUCCUUAGCAGUACCUGGGUCAUGCCUGACAAAUUAUGCAAGAAUAGGCCAUGCAGCACAACAGCUCUUUCCUGAUAUUCUCCAGGAGCUUAUUACAAUUAAAGAACCUCCUCAUAGGUUAUCACAUGAUGUCAACACAAACAAGGACCUGUCAAAAAUAUUAAGAUCCGAUGAAUUAUUAUUGAUAAACAAUGUUGCGACAAAGGGAUAUUCAAACUUUGACAUACCAUUUGUUUACAAAUUGAUAAGAGGUUUGAAUCUGGUACCUCCACCUACAAAAAGAUGGAGCCAUCCUACUGCUCCCUGCUCAACAGAGGUCACACCAGGAGAUGACAUUGAAAGAAUUAGAAGAUUCAGAAACGAAACUCUUCACAGAGGUAAUGCACAAGUCACAGAUACAGAAUUAUCUCAGAUCUUUACACAGUUUAAGGAGAUUGCUGGUAGACUAGAGACCUACAUGGGAAAACAAACAGGAGAGUUUGUAGACAAGUUUGUGGAUUUAGAAACGUGUUGUAUGGAUGAGGAAACAAGUACCAUGUAUAUAGAGAGGCUUAAUAGGUUAAAGAAAAGUGAUGAAGAUUGUAAAAAAAGAUUGAGUGCACUUGAAGAAGAUGUUGACGCAUUGAAAGAGAAAAAUUCAUUGACUACUCAUUUACUUGAUACCAUGGCAACAGAAAUACCCAGUGAAGAAUCAAAUUAUAUAAAGAUAAGUCUUCUUAUACUAAAAAUCUCACAACGUGCAGUUCGACUCAAGUUUGAUACAGAGUUCCAUCCUGACCGCUUACAAGAAACUCUCAACAGAAGUAGUGGCAAACUGAGAGAACUUCAAAGGACGAACAGAAUAAAUCAGCUCCAGUGGACAUUGUUAUUUCCUUCAAAAGGCUUUGGACUUUGA